AGCGACUCAGCAUGCCUGAACCAGCCAAAUCCGCGCCGGCCCCCAAGAAGGGCUCCAAGAAGGCGGUGACCAAGGCGCAGAAGAAGGACGGCAAGAAGCGCAAACGCAGCCGCAAGGAGAGCUACUCGGUGUACGUGUACAAGGUGCUGAAGCAGGUGCACCCCGACACCGGCAUCUCGUCCAAGGCCAUGGGCAUCAUGAACUCGUUCGUCAACGACAUCUUCGAGCGCAUCGCGGGCGAGGCGUCCCGCCUGGCGCACUACAACAAGCGCUCGACCAUCACGUCCAGGGAGAUCCAGACGGCCGUGCGCCUGCUGCUGCCCGGGGAGCUGGCCAAGCACGCUGUGUCCGAGGGCACCAAGGCCGUCACCAAGUACACCAGCUCCAAGUGAACCUGACAAGUAAGCCUCCUGACAUC